AUGUUUAGAUUGUUUAGUAGACAAUUUUGUGGUGCUGUUAGCGAUGUAAGUGGAAGUAAAGCACCUGUGAUAGCAUUGAAACAAGUUAGUGCAAUGAAGAAUGUUGUAAAGAUCUCUCCUAUCAAUAGAUUCGAUAAGAGCAAACCGUUGUUGAAUUUGGAUCGAUUGGUAGAGGAGGAACCGUUGCUAAAGAAUGCUACACUGGCAUCGAAGAUAUUGCAUCCCAACACACAACAAACAUUCUACUUUGAAUUCGAAAGACCGUCGGAUGCAAUCAAUACCAUCAAAAGCUUGAAAGAAAAACGAGAGAAACAACAGCAACAACAAUCGUAUCACUAUAGUAUUCUAUCGAAUUCAUUGGAUCCCUAUUAUCAAAUUUCACAGGAGCAAAUAGAGUUGUUACCAUCACCCAGCGUACAUCUACCGGUUCAUGUAAUCGAUGAUAUCGAUCAGGUUGAGAGUGCAGUCCGAUUGCUACUCAAUGGAAAACUACCCAGUGACAUUAAAGAAUCAUCAAAAUCACCUGUUAUCGCUGUCGAUUGUGAAUGGCCAGGUCUACGUAAGUUCUUGGUCGGUGAGAAGGCAACCGUCAGUUUAAUUCAAAUGACAAAUGGAGUAGUUUGUAGAAUUGGAAUACCAAAACAUUUAAAGGAACUUUUGACAAACGAUAAUAUAUUGAAAGUUGGUCAUGGUAUUUCGAAAGAUGCAAAUAAGAUAUCUGAUGAUUUAGGUGUUUUGAUGGAGAAUAUAUAUGAUACAAAUUAUCACCCGAUUGUACUUAGAAUGAAUAGUAAGAAAUUAGCGUUUGCCGUUGGAAAGUUCUUUGGAGUCAAUAUCUUAAGAUCGAAAUCAUUGUCUGUUUCGAAUUGGGCCACUUCCGGAGAUUUAACAGAGAAUCAGAUUGAAAUUGCGAGCAAUGAGGUUUACUUUGCAAGAAAAUUAUAUUUCGAAUUUAAAGACAACAAAAACAUUGAUGUUGAUAUUGAUUUAACAAUUAGCGAGUUGUCAUCAAAACGAAAAUAUUAA